GUGUUCCCAAGCAAUGAUCACUGCAGUCUCCUCGGCUCUUCACCCUCUUCAAGUCACGUUGGCCUGGCGAACAAUGGCUUUUGUCGCACAGCCAGCACUUUUUGGCUCGCAUGGGUCGGAGUUCAUCCUUUCGUGUUGAGGACUUGGCUUGGGACCUCCCGUUCCAUAGCCACUUAUCACCAUCUGGCUGUUGUUCUCCGUCACAUCAACGUCUACAAACCAAUAAGCCUUGAAUCAUGACGGAUAACGGCAUGUAAGUCUACGUGAGAGACUACAGUCACCAGUCGAAUAGACAAUCUACCUGUAUUGAGCACGUAUGUGGUAUAUUUGCCCAGAUUGUGAGUAUGUCGGGCGCCUCUCGACCACUUAUGAUUACAUGGCAACAGCUUGAUGUCACAAGAAAACGGUGUAGAAACCAGCAUGAUCCUCGGCACGAGGGAACUCAAAAAUAUUCGAAAGGGUAUUUACUACUCUCCAAGGUCUUGAUUCUGCAUUGGGGUCUACAUUACUUUGUCCACAUCAAACGUGCCAUACAUACCAUAGUGGGCAGAAUCUAAAUCAGCAUGCAUGUACCAGACCUCAGUAUGCGCCACAUCAAAGUUUGCUCAGAUAUACAUCAACCCAGGUCCUGCGAGCCAUGUGGUAUUCAAAAAUAUAGACCAAAUAUCGGGCCCUCCCACGCUCAUCCUUCUCGCGAGAUGUUUUGAGCGCAUCUCGAAUAUAUACAUCACUUUCCCUGUCUCAGCAUUAGGAUGAGGGGCACAGAGGGGUUAAGUGCCAAGCCAGGCACUGGCACCUUCCAACUAACACACGACCGGGGAAGCAUGGGAGAUUCUCAAAUACCUAUCAGAGGGCCCAGAGAAAUCUUUGGGUUGUUUUCCGUGUCGCAGUGCCGCAUUCGAAGUUUCGAGAUGCUCCGCUGUUGGUAAGCGCCGCCCUCGAAAUAAGGGGGAUGACGGCAGUGCGGGGUUCAGCUAGGUCUCCGCCGCGGGAGCUCUCUCGUCAUCCAUUUGGACCCCACUUCACCAGCGAUCCGAUCCUCGGGUUUCCGAAGUGUCCCCCGCCAUUGCUCCCGCGUGUGUCUGGAUUUUCCCUUCUCAAAUAUCGCGAGCUUCCCCGAGUAUCUAGUCUCUUCCGUUCAGCUCAGGCACUCCCAAUCGAUCACUCAACCUCAAGUAAACCUCCAACCUUCCAAACAAAACCGUCAAAAUGGUCAAGGCUGUUGCUGUCGUCCGUGGUGACUCCAAGGUCUCCGGCUCCGUUGUCUUCGAGCAGGAGACCGAGAACGGUCCCACUACCAUCACCUGGGACAUCACUGGCCAUGAUGCCAAUGCCAAGCGUGGCAUGCACAUCCACACCUUUGGUGACAACACCAACGGCUGCACCUCCGCCGGCCCUCACUUCAACCCCCAUGGCAAGACCCACGGCAACCGGACCGACGAGAACCGCCAUGUUGGUGACUUGGGCAACAUUGAGACCGAUGCCCAGGGCAACUCCAAGGGCACCGUGACCGACAACCUCAUCAAGCUCAUUGGCCCCGAGAGCGUCAUUGGGCGCACCGUCGUCGUCCACGCCGGCACUGACGAUCUUGGCAAGGGUGACACCGAGGAGUCCCUCAAGACUGGCAAUGCUGGUGCCCGCCCUGCCUGCGGUGUCAUUGGUAUCUCUGCUUAAGUUAUUUCGUAGCGCUUUGUCAGUUGAUAAGUCGGUGCUUAUGGGAAGUGGACCAGCCGGACAAUAUUACUUCUGGAUAAAACCGUAGUAAUUGAUCCUCUUGGUUGCCUUCAUCAAAGUCACUCGAGAUGGCACAAAUAAAAACAAUAAUUUUCCCAAAAG